UCACUCAUGUUGCGUGGGGCGGGAGAAGCGAACUUGGAGUUGAAUUGACGUUCGACAGAGGGAGAGAGAUAAGAGAGACACAGAGAGAGGCAGAAGAUACAUGAGCCUGUCUUUGACAACCUGUUCAGUGAGACGUGCGCAUCUCAGCUGUGCCGCUUUGGGCCAAGGAGUCCAUCACAUCGUUCUCAGUCUGCGCACAUACUUCCACUGGCAAACAGUAGGCUACUUGGAGACACGAGGGGAGGAGCGGUGUAGUGUAUGGAGAGUGGGACUUUAUUUUGAUAGACUAUCAUUUCCAAUAACCUACGCGGGACUGAACUGUUUAAAGAAAUAAGAGGCGUAAGAAAUAAGGCAGAUUAAACGCCGAAAGGGAGAGAAUCUGAGUGAUUUCGGACUGCAUGGGUUUAUGAGGACUCCGCUUUGUGGAUACAAGGAGCGGCUCGAGCCCCCUAAAAAAUCCAAACGAAUGGUUCCGUGCGUUAAAAGUUACCCCGUGAAUUCUUAUCACAUUUCUACUCUCUUUUGAGAAUUGGUAUACAUCGAAUUUGGAACUAAGAAAUUCUACGAACCCGGAAAUACUUAAGUGGGGAUACCUACAUGUACAACGAAUUUAUGGUAAGACAUCUAAGGUGGUCUUGAAACGGAAUUAUCGCUGAGCCGCGUCGUAGACUUCGUUUCAAGACAGCCCACCCGCUGCUGCGCUGACUACACCUCUGAGUAAGACUAUUUCCAGGUUAUGAGGGAUCGAAGCUAAAGAUGGAGCUUUUCUGGAUUUUGUUAUUUUCUAUCAUCCACCCAUACACACGAGGGCAAGGAGUUUACGCCCCUGCCAAUGCCCAGAUCUCACACGCGGGCCAGGCAUGCGUGGUGAAGGAGGACAACAUCAGUGAGAGGAUCUACACUAUCAGAGAGGGAGACCGCCUGGAGCUACAAUGUCUGGUCAAAGGACACCCACAACCACAGGUGCGGUGGACAAAGACAGCAGGCAGCGCCUCUGACAAGUUCCAGGAGACGUCCAUCUACAACGAGACGCUGCGCAUCGAGGGUAUCCAGCGGGUGCAGGGCGGCCGCUACUACUGCAAGGCCGACAAUGGGGUGGGGGUGGCUGCCAUCAAGUCCAUCCGGGUAGACGUGCAGUACCUCGACAAACCCGUGCUGACAGUGCACCAGACCAUCAGUGAUGUGCGCGGGAGCUAUUACCAGGAGAAGACGGUGUUCCUGCGCUGUACGGUCAACUCCAACCCCCCAGCCCGCUUCAUCUGGAAACGUGGCAACACGCCCAUAGAGCAGAGCAAGGAUACCGGAGUGGACAUCUACGAACCGCUCUACACACAGGGGGAGACCAAGGUGCUGAAGCUGAAGAACCUGAGGCCAAAGGACUUUGCAAACUACACGUGCGAGGUGACUGUUCGCAACGUGUGUGACAUCCCUGAGAGCUCUGUCACCUUUCGGCUCACCAAUGCCACCACUCCCCCUGCUCUACGGCUGUCGGUCAACGAGACCUUGGUGGUGGACCCCGGGAAAGACGUGACCCUGUCGUGUGAGGUGACUGCCGGAUUCCCUAAGCCCACUGUCACCUGGUCGCGCUACCCCAACCCAUUGCCGAGAAACUCGUUGGUAAGGAAUGGGACUCUGACACUGCGCUCGGUCACGCCCGCCGACUCAGGCUUCUACAACUGCACAGCAGUCAACAACGUGGGGAACCCGGCCAAGAGGAACGUCAACCUCCUCGUCCGAAGUAUGGGCAACCUCACCUUCCAGAUCACACCCGACUCCAACAAGGACAGUGAGAGCAUCCAGAUGGGCCGCGAUCUCAAGCUCUCGUGUCACGUGGACGCACAGCCCCAGGACAAGGUCAACUACACAUGGUACAAGAACGCGGCACUAGUCUACAACUCGGACAGCUUGAUCGUGCUGCGCAGCGACCCGGACAUGGCACCGGGCACAAGUAGCCUGGAGAUCGUGGACAUGAAGUUCCGUGACCAGGCCACCUACAGCUGUGUGGCCAACUUUCCUGGGAGCACGGUGCCCGAGAUGAGGGUAGAUGUCAACAUUACCCAAAGCAGCGUCACUCCCCCAAUUCUGACGGUGCCGGCAGGGGGCCAGGUGGUAAGUGUGAGGGAGGGAGGCUCUGCCGACCUGGUGUGCCUGGUGGAUGGCAAGCCCCGUCCGCCUGUGCUCUGGUCGCGCGCCGACAAAGACCUGCCUAUGCCCACGGGUGAGUGGGCGGUGGAGACACGCAACGGGCGCCUCCGGCUGACCAACGUCACCCGUGACCUGAUGGGUUCCUAUCGCUGCCAAACGGCGCCCUACAAUGGCCUCAACAUCAAGCCACGCCAGGCGCAGGUGCAGCUCAACGUGCAAUACGCUCCAGUCCUGGACCCGGUCUUUCAGGAUGUCCGUUCACCCAACUACCAGUUUGUGACGUUGCGCUGCCUCAUUCAGAAGUCCAACCCGGCACGAGUGGCCAGUGUCCGCUGGGUCCGAAACGGCGAGCCCCUGUCCUCCCUGACCCCGAACCCGCAGGAGAACCCGCAGCUGAAAUUCAAGCUGGACCCCAGCAACAACGGCACAUAUGAGUGCCGCGUCAGCAACGGCGUGGGCAGCUCCACCUGCACCUUCAACGUCUCGUCCCGUCCAUACAACGCAGAGUUUUACUUUGAUACGCCCAACCCCAUCCGCAUUCAGAAGGUCAACAACUACUCCUACAACCUCCAGUGGACCCAGAGAGAGCCGGCAGCUACAGACCGCAUCAUCGGCUACUGGGUCAACGUCCGCACGAUUAAGCAGAAUGACAAGAUGAACCAGGUGAACAUGUUCUCCAAGCAGAUCGACAAGAAGGAGCCCGUGAAGGGCGGCCUCAUGUCCUACACCCUGACUGACCUGAAGAUCCCUGUCUCCUAUGAGAUCCGCCUGGCCCCCAUCACCACCUACAGCACCGGGGACUAUGUCAGUCGCACCAUCCAGUACUCAGAGCCCUACAUUUACCCAAGACCUUCAGACCACGUCUGUGGCUUUGAGGACGAGCGCAUCUGUGGUUUCUCGCAGGACCGGGGCGACAAGUUUGAUUGGACUAGACAGAACCACCUGACCCAGAACCCCAAGCGCUCGUCCAAUACCGGCCCAGAGAUGGACAGGAGUGGAAACAAAGAAGGUUACUACAUGUACAUCGAGGCCUCUCGUCCGCGGGUCGCUGGGGACAAUGCCCGUCUCCUGUCCCCUCUCUACAAUGUUACUGCUGCCAGAGGACCCAAGGGCUCUGGUCGUCUCCCCUACUGUGUCUCAUUCUUCUACCACAUGAAGGGCAAGCACAUCGGUUCCCUGAAUGUGUGGCUGAGGGUGAAGAGCAUCGCCUCUGUGGGCGAUCGGGUCUGGACUCUGGAUGGAAACCAGGGUCCUGACUGGAUUCAGGCCAACAUCAACGUCAACCCCAGCGGACCCUUCCAGGUGAUGUUUGAGGCUAUUCGGGGAUCGGGCUAUGAAGGGGACAUUGCCAUCGAUGAUGUCUCAGUCACCAAAGGGAAAUGCAAGCAGGAGAACUCUGUCUCCAACACAGUUCUGAUUGGGGGAGCCCCAGGUCUGCGCUCGCUCCCAUUGGUCGCCUCACUGACCUUCGCCCUCUGCUCAUAUCUACUGCUGCUCUACAGAUGAUGAGCACAACGCACAGCGUCCCCUGUCUGCCGAGACAGGCUACUGCCCAGACUUGCUCUCUCUUCUUCUCUCCCUGUGUCCCUCGCUACCUCUCCCCACUCCCCUCCCUUCUUCCUCUCACAUUCUCCAUCCACCUUUUAGUUUUCAUCUCCAGCCCUGUUUUUGAUGACAAUCCAUGCUUCACUUCUCCCAUUACACCUUGGCUAUGCUUGUAACUGACUGUCAUUUGAUUGACUCUCUCUCUAUCAUUCUCCUUUUCCCACUCACCCCUUUACAGUCGUAUGUGGCUGUUUUUUCUUUCAACCAAUCACACUAUUUUUAACUGAGGCAAAGUCGCAAACUCAAUGACCUGACCUUUGACACCCAAUAUCACUCAAUCCAACCCCUCACAGCAGACACACUUCAUUCUUCUAUUCACUCUCACACACUCUUCCGCCACCCCCCUUUACUCUUUCCAACCCCCCCAGCGACCACCCGUAUCCCUGACACACCAAAGUGUCGGACACUCUACCAAAGAUGAUGAAGAACCUGAGGAAAAAAGGGAAAGGAUGGGUGGUGGGAGGGGUUGAGAAUAAUAGGAUGACAAGGGUAGGGGGUUUCCCCCCUCCUUAUUGAACCCUCCCCUUCGCCUCCUUGGGUUGGGCGCCAGGGAGCUGCCGAUCACAGCAGACUGAGUGACUGACAGACGAAGGAAGGAAGGAAGGAAGGAAGGAAGGAAGGAAGGAAGGAAGGAAGGAAGGAAGGAAGGAAGGAAGGAAGGAAGGAAGGAAGGAAGGAAGGAAGGAAGGAAGGAGUUCCCACUUGCCUCUCCUCUACCGGUCAUAGCCGUAGAUGACUUGUGUUGGAUCGUACGUGUACAUUUCUCUAUAUAUGAUAUAUUACAAAAGUUUAAAUAAAUAAAACAUUUAAAAAAAACACUCAUGGACAUGAGCAACGUUACAGGCUGCAACAAAGCAAAUCUACAGAAGCACAAAUUUAUACAAUCUACUCCCUUUUAUUUGGGGUUUUCCUCCGUGUGUUGUUGCUGUAUGUUGUCCCAAUCAAACUAUUUGUGUUCUUAUGGUUUUUUGGGGGGCGGAUGUGAAAAAAAGAGAGUGGUAACAUUUAUGUGGAAGAGAUGUGUGGAUGUGUUGGUUGGUACCUAUGACACCCUUCGUCUAUAGCCCACUUGAGCACUCGUGGCAGGGAUGGGCCAGUCACCUCCAUUAUGCCCACCACCCCACUCUCCACCCCAAAAAAUGACUUGACAGAGACUACGACUAGCCUCCCCUACUCAUUCAAAGUCCAGCCAGUAACAGCAUCUCUCGGACUUCCUGCGGUCUACAGACAAUGGACCUCCUGCUUCCUGUACAAGGAGAAAGUGGAGGUGGAGCAUGAUUGAAAUCAAUUACGCCAACCACGUCGAUACGCAUCAUUUAAAUGAGACAUGGAUGUAGUAUAUUGGGGGCAGGGCGUCAAAAUCCAAGAAAAUGACCAACAGGGUAAGGAGACGGGGGGUGCAGAUCCGAUAGAUGGAUUCUAUUUCACAGGUUUCCGAUGAUGAAUGUCAUGUAUAGGAUUCUAGAGAAAUAACUGAAUCAACAACAUUUGGAAGGCAGCAGGUCCAAUUUCCUACUACAACUGUAUCAGCCGAUCGAGGUUGAAUGUCUUCGAUGUAACCAUAGUUUAUUUAAGACGAUUACUCAUGUAACAUUGUUACAGUAUGAUUGUGUUUCUUUGUGGAGCAAUAAUCAUUCACUAUCAGCUCACAUAGUUAGCCCGAGCACAUCGUGAUUAAUCAAAGUCUACAUCCUGCAAAUGCACCUGUUCGCCCAAUUAAGGUAGGGAUUCCAAUGAGCCCCAAGCACAUUGUUGCACAAAGGUACAGAUUCAAUCCGAUCGUAGAUUCUUGACAACGCAGCUUUUCAAGGCAAUGUUCACGUUCACAGUAAAUGCUUCAGAUGUCCGUUCAAACAGAAAUUACCUUUAAAAGCUGCAUUGUCGACCAUGCGAUCGGAUUGAAUCUCAGCUAAAGUAAUUGGUCACAAUCUAAGAACAAAACAACAGACUAACCUAACUGAUGAUGCAGAACACAUGUAACUGGCUCGUUCUUCCUCUCAAGAUUAGUUUCCAAAAGUCCCCUGAAUCGUAAACCGCAACAUACUACCCCUAGGCACUUGUAGAUCUGAGAGGGUUGGAUAGGUGUAAGCACGAUGGUGGGAGCUCCAUCUUGCCAUCUGAUACGCCAGGUGGAAUUGUUGCUAUAUUGCUUAUACCUGUCCAAUCCUUUCAUAUCUACGCAAGUGCAUGGGAGUAGGGAUUAAGGGUUGAUUUGGUAUACAGGGAUACUGUUACAUCAGUCUUCUCCAAAUAAGUGUUGUACUUUUACUGCAUGAGGCAUUUUUUUAUCGUAUCGGUUGCCGAUAUUACUUAAUUCAGCUCUCACCUUCAACUUAAAGUUCUCAACAAGGGAACCUUGUUCAUAUACAUACACAGAACAUGGACAUCAAACUGUGUGCCUCUAAGACUUGCUUCCAUAAUCUUCCUAAAUCAAAGCACUUGGUAAAAAUCGGGUGUGGACACUCGAUUUCAGAUGUCAAGUGCAUUUUGGCUGUCUUUUUGACAUCCCUCAUAGUCACAUUGUAAUAGCUACUUAGGUCCAUACUGCAUUGCAAGCUCAUGAGAAGCAUUGUUUUAUUAAAUGUAUGUCAUUGUGAUCUGGGAGACAUCUUGUGUGGUCCUAACCUCAUGCUUGCUUGUACACUUCGCUCGCUCACUUUAACUGUAACACCCAUAUGUAUGUAACAGCAGCUCAUGUCUUAGCGUAGAUGCUCUCCAACGGUUGUUGGAAUUUUGGCAUCUCAGGUCAUGUCUUGAGCCAACAUCGUGUCACAGGGGGUAAGGUGUCUUAUCUCAGAUCUGUGGUGUUCAUGUGCUACUCACAACCAAGAAACUCUGAAAUAUCCAACUGGGAAACUCGGUAGAAGAGUGCUUGAUUCAUCUUAUGGAAGCUUUGGACAUCAGAAGCUCGGAGUUAUGACGUGUGGGCAAUUUAGGGCAAUUUUUUGGUUCCAAGAUUCUUUCAGAGUUUACGAUAACUCUGGUACCACAUGACAGCAGUUACUGUCUUGCCGACUACCCAUUUCCCACCUCCUUUAUCCAGUAAGCUGUGCAUUUCGUAAGCAUUUUUGGCAAGCACUGACCAUUUGCUAGCUACUAUAUUUAAUGUAUAUUUACAACUAUCUGUAAGUAUAGGCAGGAGAUAUGCAGGGUGGCAAUUCCUGAAUUAGGACAUAACAAUGAUGCAUCAGAAUCAGAUGCAACUGAAAGAUAAUUAUCAAAGUACUUUAUCACAUGAUUUUAAAUGAUAAUGUUUCAUUAGGAAAUUUGAACUCAUGUUCUACAUGACCCCAAAGAAUUCAGAGGCUUGGUGCAAUUGAUGUUCACUUGUUGUUUUAUUUCAUUUGUGGUUUCUUCACACAUCUAGAGUAUUUGGCAAUUAUGAAGAAGGUAGCGGUUUUAAAAGGAAGAUCAAUUGUUUUCCCUUUAUUUUUAUUUAUUUUCGUGAAUGUUUUUUUUUUUCAAACCAAGACUACAAUAUCAAGCUAAAUCAAUUUGAGACCACACACAUUCCUGUCCAUGGUCACAUACUUUACUAGAAAACAAAUGAACAUCUUCUUUAAAUGGAGUUCCACAAUAAUCAUAUAUGUGUAGCUAAGCACCUACAGUAUGUGUAACAUUACAAUUAGUCUCAACACACUGAGCGUUUGAAACACAACACGUGUAGAUGUAACCGGAUCCUACUAUACCUGUACUCUGCUGCUGUGUUCGGGAGAGCGUGGGAGGGUCCACUUCAAAAUAUAUUAUACAGUACUGCAAAUACAUCGCUGACACUGAUUACAAUUAUUACAGUUGAGUAACCUGCAUAGAAAUGCCCAGGGCCUAGACUGAUCAUGUUAAAUACCCAAUGGAAGAAAGGGUACAGCACAGAAAUAGAGAACUAUAAACCUUGGAUUAAAUGUAAUGUAAUAAGAUUUUAUCUUUGUGUCUUCUGUGUUCUUUAUUAUAGAAUACUUCUCAACGUUAACACUGUUGUAAAGUCAGGUGAAUUCCUUGUCAAUGAAAUAUGUGGGUAGGAAUACUAUGAAAUGGGCAGGAAUACUAUGAAAUGUGGGCAAGAACAUUAUUUUGGGAGAAAUAAGCAUUAACCAAUAUUAUAUUUAUUGUUGAGGGGAGAAUUGUAAAUGAUGAAUUUUGAUCUUAUGACAUGAUGGUUGAAGUGCCUCCAUUGAUCUGAACCUGACCUUCAGUAUUGGUAGUAAUAUUUGGUUUUUUGAAUUCAUGGUCUUUCUUUCCAAAACUCCUAUAUGAAUUGAGUUGUACAUUUUUGAUAUUGACAAACAUUACACAGCCUACCCUUAGGUUGUCUUUACUGUCACCAGAUCAACUGGAAAUGAAACUAACCUGCAUACUUCAAAUUAAACCAAGAAAUGCCUGAAAGUGAGGCAAUUUUGUGUUGACAAAUCAGAUAUAUCCAAUAGUUGGCCAUUUGAAAUCUAUUCACUUGUGUCCAGAAAGGAGUAUGCAGCUGUUCGGUCUGAGGUAUAAUUCAUUGUGCUGCUUUUCAUGCACUUUAAUGUGAAAUUAAAUGUCUUGAAAUGUAUGCCAUUUGAUACCCAUUGUGUACUAAUGCUCGUUUUGUUAGUAGUUCAUGAUUGUCACAUCACUCCCUCAUUAGCUGAGGUUGUCCUAAAAUCUACACCAUACUCUAUAUUAUUGCAGUAUGGUUUAAGGUGUAGAUUAUCAAUAUAUUCCUCUAGGAUACAAGACCGAAUGGGAGUUCAGUUCACUGGUAUAGUCCCUUAGGUUUGCACAUUUCUGGAACCUUUCUGACUCCCAGUUCCCUCCAUGCUUAUUAUCUUCUGAUUUCAGGAAUUCUACAACCAAGAUUUCUGAAAAGAGUGGGAAUUUGGUAAAUAAAUGUGGCAUUGCCACACCUCCAGUUAUCUGAUGUUUUUACAUGAUCCAGGUUUUCCCUUGACCACCUAAAGGGUCCCCAGUUCAUGCUGAACAUUUUCAAACCUCCACUACAAGUGUAUGUACUAUCAACAUGUUUUGUUGUAGAUUAUCAAUCUAUCAUCUUUUGUCAUAUCAUAUCCUUGUAGUUAUCUGUCUAAAACAAGAAGGUUAGAAAGGACCCCCGACAUGCAGGUUAGAGAUCAAAUAAGCAAGUGCCUCACAACUGCUAUUCCUCCAUGAGGUGACUUUCCAUCCAUGAAAACCACUUCAGCCAGAUAGCGUAGUGUCCAAGCAAUAUCUGUGGCAAUGUUCAGAAGGGGUGGCCAGUCACUCAGUCACUAAAAAUGAACCCCUCUUCCAUUAGAGACAUCCCGGCACACACCAUUGAUGCUCUACGUAUUCAACAGCAGGACCGACUGACUGUUACUGUAUAGGUUUUCACAUCACUGCCUCACUGCCAGUGCAGACACUUUGUCCACUCACAUAAAGGGUGCGUUCCAGAUACAGUGAUUUUGAUCCGGGCUAAGUUUCCCAAAGACAUCUUUAGCAUUCAUUAAUCAUUGUUUGUCCAUUGCCCUACCUAUGGAUUUAGGAUGAUCUUAGUGCUAAAGAUUAUAGCCAUGUUAUUGGGAAAGUCACCCCAGAUCUUUAUAAAGCCUGGAGAAGUCUUUUAUGUCUGAUCAACCACAUCAACAUGAUGUAAUCAUCCUAUAAUCUACGCAGACCUGUGCAGGAUCUGUGUAUCUGGAGCGCAACCAAAUGACUGAACCCUCCCCAAUGCAGUCAGAUUGGUCAAAGUAACUUCACAGCUCCUGCCUGGCUGUGCAGACUUGUGCAAUGUGUGCGGAUCCGAGACAAAGACGGUGUAUGUGUGUAUAUGCACCUUAGUGAACGCGCAAAGAACGGUGUAGCAGUGCUGGGUGUUGUAUAUUCUCUGUCAUGUACUGAAAUAUUUUAGAGGAAAAAUAUAUUUGAAAUAUGACUCCAAAAUGUAUGAAUAAAUAAUCAUGAAAG